CACGCCUGUUCCCCUUGGACAGCCCUGGCAUUUGCCUUCCCUGGGGGGGCUUUCUCCUUUCAUUCCCCCGCCCCUCCGCGCAGUUCUUCAUGUUGCCCGCUGACAGUGCACAGAGGCUGGUUUCUCUACUCACUCAGGCCUUGGAAGAAUGUUUGGAGAAGCAGCAGCAGCUGCAGCGGGAGCUGGUACGGUGCGGUGCUGUUCUCGGAGACUGGAACUUGCAAGCUCCUGACAGCCCAACAGUCAAGGACUGCAGUUCUGACAAUCAAGAAAGGGAGCCCUCAACUGAGGAGCUUGAAGAACUAGAACUGCUUAACAAAGCCCUGGAGAAAGCUCUAAAAGUCCGAUCGAAGUUUCUGGGCCAAGUUCCUCUACGUGAGACUGCAGAAGGCACCAAAGCGUUGGAGAAGAAACCUGUGGCCCAUGUUGCUGUAAAACAGCAAGGGGCUAAUUCCAAGCUGGUUAAAAUGACACCUGUCGCUAAGUCAGUCAAAAUGACACCUGUCAGUCAAAAACCUGCAUGUCCCCAAAAGCUCUCAGCAUAUAUGCUGAAAGCCCCUUAUCGGACUGACCCGGCUGUGAAAAGGCCGCAGGGGAAAACAUCGGCCAGGAUGAGUUGCAGGUUGUCAAAGGUAUACGGGAAGAGUUCGCCCAAAGGGGCUGCCUGCCCCAAAGACAAGUCGCCUGUAACAUUAACCGGAGCGGAGCAUGGAAAGAUCUCUGCUGCCGAAAAUCCCAGAGUGCUGCCUGGCACGUCUGAGUCUCUCCAGGAUGCGAAGCAGAGUUCUUCACUUUGCAACUCUACUGGUGGGGGCGACUUUGCAAGUGCCAGUCCAUCCUUCCUUGGAAUGGAGCAGCAUCCUUCCAGAGAAAGCUCCCCUGGGAUGUGCACGGCGCCACAGACCUCCACCCUCCAGGAGAAGGGAUCGUCACUGAAACUUCCCGUGCCUUACAAAAAAGCCUCUUCCAGGCUCGCCAGGCUGUGGGAAGAUGGCCGCCUUUGCCAGACAAGCCCAGAGGCAGCCACUGCACGGGAUCACUUUAUGGAGAAACUGCAAGUGACUUUCUGCUCAUCUUCACCCUCUUUCAGCCUACUUGAAGUGGAGAAGGAACUGACAUGUCUACAUGGUGUCUACUUUCUUAUGAGCCAGUAUGUGGAAACUGAGGUGCCAGCUUCUCUCGGAGAAAACCCAACUUGGGAGAGAGAGUAUGAAAUUCUUCUGACCCUGGAGGGCCUCCAACCCGCUCUCUCUCAGUGCCUGGACAAAGUGUGCCAGCUAGAGGAAGCCGUGGAGUCCCACAGGCAGCUUUUCCCAGCUGAUUCCGCUCACGGCGAAGCCGACUCCUCCUCGGCAGAGGGUCCUUUUCGCUGGAGGCAAAGGACUUGUGGGGCGGAGGCGUUUGGGCCCCCACCUCUGCUUUAUUAUUCCAGCCUGAAGGAGCUGCAGGAGCUGGAGGCCUUGAAGCUGCAGGUGGCCACGCUGCACCGGCAGAUCAACAUACAGAAGGCCAUGGAAGGAGAACUCCUCCCACUUCUCGAACCCGGACCUGCUCCGCAAGGCUCCUGCGCUUCUUUGUAUCGUGCCAUUUACACCCUGUUGUGCGAAGGGGGCGAGCGCUUCCCCGCCCUUGUCAGCGAGGAGGAACUGUCCCACUGCCUUGAGCCCUGAGCCCCUGACCCAGCGGCACGCUGAGCAAUGAGCUCUGGCUGUGGGUUCAGGGGGCUCCUUUGCACUCCGCUGUGAAUGAACGGGCUUCCCGCUGCACUGGUUAGUGCCUUUCCUGUGUGUUAAACAAAUAAAAUCAUACUU